ACAAACACAGAGACAGAAGGAGAACAGGCUGAAAGAGAGAUAGACAGACGCACGGUCGGACGGAGGGAAACGCACACCACCAUGGGCUGCUGUAACAGAAGGUGCGGGCUGAUAGCCGGAGCUGUGUUUGGGGCUGCGUUAGCCAUCCUGGGAGGCGUCCUUAUCCCAGUGGGGAAUAACGUCAUUGAGGGGACAGUGAAGAAGGAAGUCAUCAUUGAGCCUGGAACGACAGCUUAUGACACCUGGUUGUCUACGACGGUAAAGGUGUUCAGGCAAUUCUGGUUCUUUGAUGUGAAAAACCCCAUUGAGGUCAUGCAGUAUGGCGCAAAGCCAGUGGUAGUGGAAAGAGGACCUUACACAUAUCGCACGAGAUAUAUUCCCAGAGAGAACAUCACAUUCAACCCCAAUCAAACUGUCUCCUUCCUGCUGCCUCAGGGCGCCAUCUUUGAGCCAUCCAUGUCAGUGGGACCAGAGGAGGACAAAGUCACUUCCCUCAACCUGGCUGUGGCUGGAGCUUAUUCAGCAGUUCCAGAGGUGCUUCACGUUUUGUUACAGAAUAGGAUUAAGGCGAGCAACUCCUCCUUGUUCCAGUACCGUACAGUCAAGGAAAUACUGUGGGGUUACACAGACCCCCUGUUGAAAGGAAAUGUGGGCCUAUUUGCACCUUACAAUGGCACCUAUGAUGGCUAUUACACUGUCUUCAAUGGAAAGGAGGACAUCAAAAAAGUGGGAGCAAUUGACAUGUGGCAGGGAAAGAGGAACUUACAGUUCUGGAAUGAUACGUACUGUGACAUGAUCAACGGGACAGAUGCUUCAUCAUUUCCUCCAUUUUUGGACAAGAAGAAGCCACUCUAUUUCUUCUCGUCAGACAUUUGCAGGUCUGUGUCAGCUGGCUUUGAGGAAAGCAUGAAUCUGAAAGGGAUUACAGUGUACCGCUACACCCUCCAGCCAGAAACCCUGGCCUCCCCUACGGUCAACCCAGAAAACCGAUGUUUCUGCAGAAACCCAAAGACCACAAAGAAUUGCACUUCGGCUGGAGUACUGGACAUCGGCUCCUGUCAAAACGGAAAACCUAUCUUCAUCUCUCUGCCCCACUUCCUUCAUGGAAGUCCAUACCUGCAAGAGGCUGUGCUUGGACUCAAUCCCAGUGAGGAGCACCAUGUCACCUUCCUAGAUGUGGAACCAACAACUGGGUUCACCUUGAGGUUUGCCAAGAGAAUUCAAGUGAAUAUGAUGUAUGGACCAUCAAAGGUCAUCACGGUGCUUAAGAAAGUCAAGGAUUACACCAUAUUCCCUGUUGUUUGGCUGAAUGAGACUGCCGUUGUGGAUGACGAAACUGCAGACAUGUUUAAGAAAGAGCUCAUCUCCCGUAUCCAGAUGUUGGAGAUAAUACAGCAGGCACUGCUGGGCAUAGGUGUGUCACUCUUCACCCUGUGUCUCAUCUCCUACUGUGUAGUGAGGAGGAGAGAUAACCAAGCCAAGCUUGUGUGAAUGAAUCAUGCAGAAGCAGAGCACAGUGCAUUAAAGCUGCUAUGGGACAUCAAACCUUUUGAUAUAGACUUGCACUUUUUUGUAAUUUCAGUGUUAUUUAUAAUGUCAUACCUCCUUUGAUACCAGGGGGUAUACUGUGAUUUUGUAAAGCUCAAGAGGUGAAUUCCUUUGCCAAGUAUUAUUUUUAUUGCAAGUAACCACUGUAACAUUAACUCAAUCAGGGAUUUCUAGAGGGAGAGAAGAUGGAGACUCCUCUCAACUGUCAGGUUAUUAAUCCACACAGAGGAGUAAUAUGUUUGUUGAACAUCCUAUUAAAGAAAUGUACAUGAAUCUAAUUUUGCGCAAAUGUUCAUAUCCUUUGCUGAACUAGUGUCUUCAAAAUGAAUAAAAGCUAAAAAAGGA